GUAGCAGCUUUAGACCUGAAAAUUGUAUCAUGCCGGAAAAACGAACUUGCAGGCAGUUGAUACAUUCCUCGCUUCACGCCUGGAAACAAAUUUUAAUUCGCAACAAUGUUUUCGACAAGGCCACAAAAAUCUCGACUCGACCUCAAUAAUCUUGUAGCACUGAAAUUCCGAUAUUUUUAGACCCACUUUUCGUUAUUGUAAACAGAUUGGCAGCAGCUGUAGGGAGAUUGGUUUUUCUUCUUCUCAUUUUUCAAAAAAAUUCUUCUUCGGUAGGGUUUCAUAAUAUUUUCCCUGCGAAUUUCGCCCAUUUAUUCUCAUCGCCAUGGUUGACAGUACCACACAAUUUGUGCAGAAUCUUGAGGUAAGAUGGCAUCAGGUUGCCUAUUUUUCCGGUGAACAUGUCCUGUCAGUUGCCACUGAACAGUGGCACUGGUAAUUUGAUGUGUCCUAUGGCUGUAACAUGUUCCCAUGGUGUAACAAUGCAUCCUCUUAUUUUAGGUUCACCUCAUGGGUGCACUGUGAAGGUAGGCAAGCUUACAACUUAUGGAGAAAGGGAAACUAGAUUAAAGAAAUUACAGCAUGGGCAGUUUCUUGGGAUUCCUCUGAGGAACCUUCGAACUAGGCAACCUAGAGGUCAAGGUUGGGGUCAUAUUCUUGGCAAACGAGGCAAAACAAGGAUUUUUUGUUGUCAACAAAGAAAUCCAUUUUUACAGGCAUAUUUGCAAUUUAAUGAGAUUGGUAAAUUCCUGGAAAGUAAACUGAAAUGUCAAAACAGAAUACAAUGGCAUUUUCAAUAUCCUUUGCAAGACAUGGGAAUGUUUAGAAAUCUUAUGGAAAUGCUUAAAGUUCACAUGGUUAUGCUAAAAGAUCACAUUUUUCAAUGGAAGGAAUGGCUAUCUUUCAAGGGACUAUUUAUUGUUCACUUCACAGUUGUUCUCGGGGCGCUGUUUUUGUGUGCACAAGCUGGAGCCCAAGCAUAUAUUGAGCGAAGAGUUUUGCCUUCUGUUUCAACUGCCAUAGGGGAAAGUCUAGGUCGGAAACUCAACCUAGGUAGGGUUCAAAAACUUUCUCUUUUGCGGGGAGCACUCUCCUUGGAAUCUUGCUCCUUGGGUCCUCACUCUGAAGAAUUCUCUUGUGGGGAGCUUCCGAAUGUUAGACUUCAGCUUCGGCCUUUAGCCAGCCUACAGCAGAGACAAUGGGUAAUUAAGGCUGUGUUGGUGCAACCUCAUAUUUUGAUUACCCAGAAGGAGGACUGGACAUGGCUAGGUAUCCCAACUCCACUGGAGAAGCCUUUGGAAAAGCACCCUUCGAAUGAGGAGGGCAUUGAUCUUCGCACAAAAGCUAGGAGGCUUGCAAGGGAGCAAGCAGCUAUUCAGAGUGCUGAAGAAAGAAACAAGUUGGCAAGAAAAUGGGCCCAAGAGGGCUAUAUAUUUGCAGAUAUUGAGGAGCCAAGGUCGCUGGACAAGGACACUGCAAUGCAAGCUGAAGAAAUGGUAAACUCUGACUCCAUGAAUUGCACAGAAGAAGAGUCUACCCUAGAAAGAGGUUUUGAUAUAAGGGAAACAGGUAUAGAAGAACAGUUGCAUCGCAAAUGCUUGGAAGGUAUUUGUAAUGAGAGCGGAUUGAAAGGGCCUGAGUGGAAGAGAGAUUUUGAGCAUGAUAGCUUGGAUUUAUCUUUUGCUUUGAAAAUGUCUGUUUCAAAUGUAAAAUUGUGGUUAAAGGAAAAUAUGGUGAGUCCCUUACUGCACCAAUUCAGGCGUUCAACUCCAAAUCAUGAAUAUUUUUGUCAGAAAGUAGCAAUGCAAAGAAGAAACCUUGAUUACAGUGCUGCGGCAGCAAGAGCAUACUUUGAAAACCUGGACAAGAGUAAAAUAUCUGAUGCAGAAGAUGGAGGAGGAGAUACUGGAAAAUUUGGUACAGCAGAGGACAGCCAGAAGGAAAUGGAAGAGACAGACGAAGAGAAUAGUAAGUUUACUGGCAUCAAGCAUUUAUCUACUGAUUCCAUUGGCCUCUCUUUGAUGCGUCUCAAGGAUGUUUCAUUGUUGGAUCGAGGUGUUGUAGGCGAGGAAACAAACUUACUAGAUCAAUCUCCGAAGCAUUCAUCUACAAAUGGCAUAGAUAAUGGAAAAGGCUCUGUCUAUGAAGCUGUAGUUGAGCCUACUUAUGAAUCAUGUGAAACAAACAAACUCUGUAAAUCUAGUGAGAAUCAUUGUGAAAGAAGAGGCAAGGAAUUAGUGAAUGUAAAAUGUAUGAGUGAGAAAAUAUCUGCUCAUUACUCUAAUAACAUGGACAUUGUAUUGCAAAAGAUAGCUGGGCGCACAAAUGACAAUCAUUUAGAAGAUGAUAACAUUGAAAGACGUGGGCCAUAUGCAAAUAUAUGUGACAAUUCAUUGGAGGAAUUACAUGGAAAAGUGAGUACCACUGAAACAAACAGAGAAAGAGAAGGAAAAGAAUGGAGUGACAGUGAUAUAACUUGGGGUUCGUCUCCUGUUCUUGCAAGUUUAAGAGCCUCUAGAGAUAUGACCCAGGCAAAGUCUACAGUUGACAAGAGUACCCAGUUUCAUAUUCUAAAGGGAAGCCUUAUGACAUCACUUUCAGAUAACUUUAUCACUUUUGUGCAAAGAAUGGAUAGAUACAUAAGAAACAACUUCAAGCAACUUGCUGCUGAACCUGAGUCAGGUGAUCAAAACAGAGUAUGCAUUGGAGGGUCAGAGCAGCUUCUGCCAGUUUACAUAGACUCUGUAUUUUUCAGGGGUGGAACUCUAAUGCUGUUAGGAUAUGGAGAUAAUGAACCCAGGGUAAUGGAGAAUAUCAAUGGACACCUAAAAUUUCGAAAGGAAUAUGAACAAAUGCAUUUGCAAUUAACUGGGAGGCCAAAGGAGUGGCGUACUGGUUACCCAUCAAAGGAUGGAGGGAAGUUGUUUAUAAAUACAUUUGUUGAUUUCCUGCAACAGGAGUGGCAUGUCAACAUAAAAGCGAGGGAUCUCUUUGCUCCGCUCUUUGAAAGGCUGCUGGAGAUUCCAAUUGUUUGGGCAAAUGGCAGAGCCACUGGAGAGGUUCAUAUCUGCAUGUCAACGGGUGAUCAUUUUCCUAACCUGCAUGGACAACUUGAUGUGAGAGGAUUAGAAUUUCAAGUGUUGGACACACCCUCUUCUUUUUCUGCUUUAUCUGGAAGUCUAUGCUUUCAAGGUCAGAGGAUAUUUUUGCACAAUGCAAGCUGCAUCUUUGGCGAAGUGCCACUGGAAGCUUCAGGAGAUUUUGGAAUAAAUCCUGAAGAUGGGGAGUAUCACCUUUUGUGUCAGGUCCCAAUUGUCGAAGUCAAUGCUCUUAUGAGGACUCUCAAGGCAAGGCCUUCGUUAUAUCCAAUAGCAGGCUCAUUGAAAGCAGUCUUCAACUGCCAAGGCCCGAUGGAUGUUCCCAUAUUUGUAGGCAGCGCAGUAGUUUCAAAGAAAAAUGAUAAUGACUUAAAUAUGCCGUCCUCUGUUGCAUCUGAAUCAGUCAGGCUAAACAAGGAUAACGGGGCUGUGGCUGCUUUUGAUCGUGUUCCAUUUUCAUACAUGUCAGCCAAUUUUACUUUUAACACUGAUAAUUGUAUGGCAGACCUAUAUGGCAUUCAAGCAACUCUUGUGGAUGGUGGUGAGAUACGUGGUGCUGGAAAUGCUUGGAUUUGUCCAGAGGGUGAUUUGGAUGACAAUGCAGUUGAUGUAAAUUUUUCUGGAAAUGUUCUUUUUGAUAAUGUUCUGCGUCACUAUACCAGUGAUGGAAUCCAAAAAUUACCUGUCAAACUUGGUGAUGUAAAUAUUGAGGCCAAAGUAUUUGGUUCCAUAUUGAGACCGAGUUAUGACAUUAAAUGGACAGCACCAAAGGCGGAAGGUUCUUUUACUGAUGCUCAUGGUGAAAUUAUUAUUUCUGAUGAAGCUAUUACAAUCAGCUCUUCUUCAAGUACUUUUGAUCUUCUGACAAAAAUUGAAAUAGCUUAUCCCAAUUUACUCUAUUCAGAAAACAAUAGUUCAGAUUUCAAGCAUGCUUUUGCUCCAGAUAUCAGGAGUGUUGACGCUGACUUACGUUUGCGAGGUUUUGAUAUUCUUGGCUUAUUUCCUUUUGCUCCCAUUGGCUCUUCAAAGCCCAUGCAUAUGAAACUGACAGGCAGGACAAAGUUUGAAGGGCAUGUAGUAAAAUCUUUAGAACGAUCAGUGAAUGAGAAAGUUGCAUGGCAAGAUGACUGUGUUGGGAUGAAAGCAUCAGGACUUGUUGGAGAGGUACAUUUAUCAGGAAUAAAAUUAAAUCAGCUGCUAGUAGCACCACAAUUGACAGGAUCAUUGGAUAUUUCACCCCAAAGUUUUAAGCUAGAUGCUACAGGAAGACCUGAUGAGAAUUUGCUGAUUGAAAUCAUUGGCGGUUUACAUCUUGCUGGCUCAGAAACUUCGCUUUAUGAUUUAGUUAAGAGAAAAGUAUCUUUAUCUCUACAAAAGGGCCAGCUUCGCACCAACAUUUUCUUCCAGCCUGGCCAUUUAGCAAGUUUAGAGUUACGUCACUUACAACUUGAUGAAUUGGAGCUAGCUUCCUUGCGUGGAAUGGUUCAAAAGGCAGAAAUUCAACUUAAUUUUCAGAAAAGGAGGGGUCAAGGAAAUUUAUCAGUAAUGAGACCAAGGUUUAGUGGUGUGCAGGGUGAAUCACUGGAUCUUUCUGCUCGUUGGUCAGGAGAUGUGAUUACAAUUGAAAAGUCUGUUCUGGAACAAGCUUACAGCAAAUAUGAGUUGCAAGGUGAAUAUGUUUUACCUGGAACAAGAGAUCGUUUUCCUGGUGAGAGGGAUAAGGGAGAGAGCCUCUUAAAGAGGGCAACGGCUGGACAGCUUGGAGAUUUUAUUGCUUCUAUGGGAAGGUGGAGAUUGAGAUUAGAAGUUCCUGUUGCUGAAGUUGCUGAAAUGCUGCCAUUUGCUCGCCUGCUUUCAAGAAGUAUUGAUCCUGCAGUUCUCUCAAGAUCAAAGGAAUUAUUCAUGCAAGGCGUACAAAAUGUUGGAUUUCAUGCUGAGAAUCUUAAAAAACAACUGGAGGCUGCUCAAGGCUAUAAAUGUGUUCCUACUGAUGAGGAAACCCCCGAAGCAAUACCACUUCCAGGGUUAGCAGAAUUAAAGGGCCGUUGGCAUGGAAACUUCGAUGCAAGUGGAGGUGGCAAUGGAGACACUACAGCAGAUUUCGAUUUCCAUGGAGAAGAUUGGGAGUGGGGAACUUAUAAGACACAGAGGGUUCUUUCAGUUGGAAGUUACAGUAAUAAUGAUGGUCUUCGCCUAGAUAAAAUCUUCAUACAAAGGGAUAAAGCAACUCUUCAUGCAGAUGGGACCAUAUUGGGACCAAGGCCUAAUCUUCAUUUUGCUGUUUUAAAUUUUCCUGUUGGUUUAGUGCCAACUCUAUUGGAGGUUUGCAAAUCUUCAAGUAUGAAUCCUGUGCCUUCUUCAUGGACACCUUUGACACCUAUAAGAGGGAUUUUACAUAUGGAAGGAGAUUUAAGAGGAAGCCCAGGAAAACCACAAUGUGAUGUACAAGUAAGACUUUUAGAUGGAGCUAUCGGAGGUGUUGACUUAAGGCGUGCUGAGGUGGUUACUUCUAUCACAUCAACAAACCGCUUUGUAUUUGAUGCAAACUUUGAACCAGUAAUCCAUACUGGUCAUGUACAUGUUAUAGGAAGCCUUCCUAUGGCUCCUUUGGGAACCGAUGCACUAGUGGAAGAGGAUAUUGAAAGAGAAUCUGCCAGACCAAUGUGGGUUGUGCGAUGGAUGCAGGAUAAAGGAAAAAUUACUGAUAGAAUCGAUGUUGAUAAUAAAUUUGGCAGAGAGAGAGGAGAAGAAGGCUGGGAAGUUCAGCUAACUGAAAAUUUAAAAGGUUUGGAUUGGAACCUAAGAGAAACAGGUGCAGUGAAGGUAGAUGCAACUGUAAAAGAUGGUGGCAUGAUGUUAAUCACGGCACUGUCUCCUUAUGCCCAUUGGCUUCAGGGAAAUGCUGAUAUUACCUUACAGGUACGGGGAACUGUGGAUCAACCAAUUUUUGAUGGAGCUGCAACAUUUCAUAGGGCAUCUGUCUCUUCACCAGUGCUUCCCACACCACUUUCAAAUUUUGGAGGCACAUUUCAUGUUAAGAGCAAUCAGCUAUGCAUUAAUGGCUUGGAAGGACGAGUUGGAAGAAAGGGGCGUUUGUUAUUCAAUGGGAGUCUGCCAUUGAGAAGCAGCAAAACAUAUUCCGGAGAUAAGAUUGAAAUGAAGACAGAGAAUCUUGAAGUAAGAGCCAAAAAUUUAUUCAGUGGACAGGUGGAUAGCCAAAUAGAGGUUACAGGUUCAAUAUUGGAGCCAGAUGUUUCUGGGAUGAUUAAAUUUAGUCGUGGAGAAGCAUACUUGCCACAAGAAAAGCGCACAGGGGCUGCUAUUGCUCGUUUGGCUUCAAACAAUAAGAAUCUGUCAACAAGCAGUCGUAGCCAAAUGAAAGCUGCGAGAAAUAUUGUUGGCUUUUAUGCUACACAAUCUUCUCCCUUACCUGUGAGGGAACCAGAUACAAAAGAAAAAAGUAGCAGGGGAAAUGAACAAAGCAUAAGUAAGCCCCAGGUGGCUAUCCACUUGAGAGGGCUCAAACUUCACCUUGGACCAGAGCUGCGAAUUGUUUAUCCUUUGAUACUGAACUUUGCAGUAAGUGGUGAACUUGAGCUUAAUGGCUUGGCUGAUCCAAAAUUGAUCAAACCUCAGGGAACUCUUACAUUUGAAGAUGGAGAUGUAACUCUACUUGCUACUCAAGUGAGAGUCAAGAGAGAUCACCCCAAUAGAGCAAAGUUUGAACCUGAUCAGGGAUUGGAUCCAACUUUAGACCUGGCAUUGGUUGGAGCAGAUUGGCAACUCAAGGUGCAAGGUCGUGCGAGUAACUGGCAAGACAACUUGGUUGUGACUUCACCACGUUCUGGAGACCAUGAUGUGCUUACACAGGAUGAGGCUGCUCGAGUUUUUGAAAGUCAGUUAGCAGAAUCAUUGUUGGAAGGUGAUGGCCAACUUGCCUUCCAGAAGUUGGCAGCAGCUACUCUUGAAAAUUUGAUGCCAAGAAUAGAAGUUAGCAGAGAGUUUGGGCAAGCACGGUGGAGACUUGUAUCAGCUCCACAAAUUCCAAAUCUACUUUCUCUUGAUCCUACAGUAGAUUUAUUCAAAUCCCUGGCCAAUCUUUCCAUUGGUGCCGAAGUGGAAGUGCAAUUAGGAAAACACUUGCAGGCAUCUGUUGUAAGACAGCUCAAGGAGUCAGAAAUGGCCACCCAAUGGACUCUGCUAUACCAACUUACCAGCAGGUUGAGGAUUCUUUUUCAGUCCACCCCUCCUACAGGAAACCGAUUGCUCUUUCAAUACACUGCAACAUCCCAGAAUUGAUAUUCAAGUUGAAUUGGAUUAAAGAAGCUUCAUUCAAUGUCAAUGUGUCUGCUAAAUUAAAUACAAAUUCUUGCUUCUUCUCAUCUACAUCAUAUAGAAAUAUGUAAUUAUCCUGAACAUAAAGCUUUUACAACAGCUCCUAUAGUAUUGAUGUCCAUGUAACCCUCCAUUAUUUUUUUGAAAGCUCAAAACUGAGCCUUCAUUCAUGUAACAUAUCCUUAUGUAAGUAUACUACCAAAAGAAAGAUGUGUUCGAAAUCCUGCCAUUGGUACCUAAAGAAAUAUUCUAUCAUUAUCAAUGAAAUUCCUUGUAUCAUAUCAAAGUUACAAUCGUAGUAUUUCGAUAUUGUUUGCUCUUGAAAUGCAUUUAAGUUUUGCCAAUCUCAA